CCUGAUGCAAGGGAGAGUUUUGAAAACAGAGCUCGGCUGCCUGUUGGCACAGGGAGAGUGUAUGUCCACUAACAAAGAAGAGCUACCUCCCCUGGGGACCACUGUGUUUGGGGGGAGGAGGGAGUGUGAGAAAGAAAGGGACCACCCACCGAUGAAUCCUUUGGGAGCCAUUCAGCUCUAGCAGCUAAGCUAGAGCCUCUAGCUGCUAAGACUCUCAAUGGGCUCUUGUUAAAUGAAUGAAUGUAGCCAUGGGGUUUCUCUUUGCUGACCCCAUGGCAAGAUCAUCAGGAUCCUGGAUAUUUUUGAGAUAAUCAAUUGAAACACCAAUAGGCUGAAAACCUUCAACCAUCAUGUAAAACACGCACAGAAUGUGCCUGGCACUAUAUUCGUGUGCAUGGGUGUAAAAGCUUUUUAAUGUAAUUAUUACUACAUUCCACAAAGUAACACUUUUCCAAACCUAAAUACAUAAAUCUGUGUUAAAUAAAUAGUAACUUGAAAUAGUCAAAAAAGAGUAAAAAAAUUUUUUUUAUCCAGUGGAAUAUGUUGUGGAUCCACCAGCAGAGCAAAGUUUUAAGUUGGUGGCCAGAGCACAGACGUAGCCUCACUGUAGUGAAUAAUGACCAAUGUGCUUAUUCAUUAGGGCCUGACUAUACCUAGACUGCACACAUUUAUGUUUCUACUUAGGAUUAUCUAUACCCCAAUUUAUCUGAGGUGAACUGCUUCAAAUUCUUAGUGAAAUUUUCCAGAGAGUUUACCAAAAUCUGAUCAUUUGCCAUCUCUUGUUUAGCUUACUUCCUUUGGAGCUUGCAAACAGCAAAAGGUAUUUUUAGUGAAAGUAUUUACAGACUAAGCCAAAAUGUGCUCUGUGUUCUCUUUUCCGUCCUCAGAGCCUCUAUCUUAGUUCAAACCACCCUCAGCUGUCAAAUUAUCAUAACCUUCACUGUACCAGUGUCUGCCUCUCCGCUGGCUUCCAGUCCUGUCCCUGCUCCAAUCCAAACGCCUCCUGCCCCUAAAAGGAUCUUUACAAAAUGCAAAUCUAGUCGUAUAUGUCACCCCUCUGUUUAAAAUCUUUCGGUAGCUCCAUAUUUUUCAGAACAAGAUGAAAACUUAGACCUUACAUGAUCGUGCUUCCCCCGCCUUUUCAGCCCACUUCAGUCCCCACACAUUUUUGUGAUUCUGACCAGACUCCAAAGGCUGUGACGCUGCACCCCAGGUCUGUGUCUCAGCUGGAAAUGCUCCCGCUGCCUCUACCUGCCUCAGCACCUCCGCCUGGUCCUCCCUUCAUAUUCAUCUCUGCUCAAUGAUUUUGAAUGUUCUCGACUGAACCACAAAUAAAAUCAAAGAAGACUGCCUCUUUCUAAAGGGUUAUUUGGUCAAACUCCAGCAUGGCACAGAGAGCUGUGUGACGGAGUGAUUCCCAGGAAGAGAGACUAUUAGCAAUAAGAUGGCGGAGAAGUCUCAAGGAGACCAGGAAAAGAGCAGGAGAGACAUCCUGAGGUCCACCAAGAGGACAUGGGCUCCCCUGGAUGAGCAGCUGCCCCCUGGCUCUGAGGAGGAGAGCCACAGUCUCACCGCCCCCAUGCUGGUAGAAGAUUCCAAACAAGAAAGUAUUCAGCACUGGCUGGACUCUGGAUUCUUUGUCUCUGUAAAUGAAAACCUUCAGCCAGCCAUCAACCACAUUGUUCCUUUUCAUGAAAAAGGAAUGGUUCAAAUGACUGUGAAAGACUACACGAGAUCUCUGCAUCAGUGUUUAGAAACUCCCACUCUCUCCAGAGGGACCAGUUUCAACUCUUGCCAUUCUGCUGCAAGUAUACCACAAAGCAUUCCUGAAUGGCUGGAAUUUUGGGAAAAAGAUCCAGUGGAGAUUCUCUUGGAUCUGGGGUUUGGUGCUGACGAGCCAGACAUCUACACACGAAUCCCAGCCAGAUUCCUGGGUUGUGACUCAGCAGCCAGAGGAAUCAACAUCCGUGUUUUCCUCGAAGCUCAAAAGCAGCGAAUGGACAUUGAGAACCCUAACUCGUACAGCUGUUUCUAACAGCUGGAAAUAUUGGAUCAUGUGGCCAGUGCUUUCUCAUCUUUGCUGAAUGAUGUCAACAUCCUGCAGAACAAAGCUAAAGAGGAAGAUGAAGGAAAAAGUGUGCAAAGAACCUCAGUGAGUGAAGCCAAAGAGCAUCGAAGAAGAAUGGGUGAACUUUUUAGGAUAGGUUCAAAGCAGAACACUAGAAGGGAUUAUAGCCUGGGAGCAUCACAGUCAUUGAAGAUGAGAAACAAAUUUUCCAUCGUCUCUGCAGAAGCAGGGUGUGGAGCAGUUGCCAUGACAAACAAACACGACCAAAGUCAUGUGUCUCUUUCAGCAGAGCACUGGUCUCUUCAGGCCUGUGAUGACUUGACACCUUGUGAUCCUCCCCAAGCUCUUCUGAGCAAGCAGUGUCCUCACUCAUCCAUGCUGGCCAAGCAGGCUCCUCCUUCCUGUGUGUCUGAGGGGUUAGUCAAGGACAGAACUCAAAAGGAGAACUCACUUCAGACUAACAAACUCAAGAGCUUGUCUUGUCUUGCAGGCAAAGCACCAGACUCCUUCGAAAUGGAAGAGGUCCAGAGCUUUGAAGAAGAGGCUGGUAAUCCUCUUGACAUGACCUCAGGAACUGUAGUCCAAUUCGAAGAUAAUUUGCCCCUGAGAUGUAACUUCACCACGGAGCUGUCACAGAAUUUUCUGCCAUUGGAGGAUGGAAGAGAGAAGAGCUUGGCAAAGAGGAAACCAGUGACUCAAUUUUACACUGAUUGCCCUCUGGGUCUUAUGGUGAUGCACAUCACAGAAGUGAAGGAUGGGUUCCUGAGGCCUGAGCGAGCUGGGGCAGUAUACGUACAAAGCCACCACUGUGAGUCUCAGAGAUCACCUGGAAUUGAUUGUGCUCAAGACAAGUCCUUUCAUGUUGACUCGGAGGCCCCAAGAGGAACAGAAGGCGCCGCUCAGAGUGCUGUGGUCUUGGGAAUGGAUUCCAGAGAAGCAACUUUUGAAUGCACUACGUGUGACCCUAUUACCACAGCAGAGCCAGGACUGGGAACAGAAGCAAGACAGUUCAAUGAUGUUUCUGUUCAGACUUCAGCUCCAAGUAACAAGGCCCAGCCCCUCACCAAAUCUGUCUCUGCAGACACAUGUUUCCCUGGUAUCUACCCAGGGGGCACCUGCCAAGCUGUGCCUGCCCACUGUGGUGGCUGCCGUCACCGCCAUCUCCCCUGCCACGUGGCGAGGCAAAGCCCCAGCUUUGUGUCUUCAGCCUGUAGGCCCUGUUCAUACUCACAUAACCAUCUGGAAGCCAAGUUCAGGAAGGCUUUGAACGUCCUUCAGGACACCACAGUGAGGGAGCUGUAUUCUUGCACAGUCCCUGAGACGGAAACAAUGAGGACGGUCUGCCAGAGUUUCCGGAAGCAUUUAGAAGAAAUUGAGCAGCACCUUAGAGAACAACAGGCACUCUUUUCCAGGGGCAUGUCAGAGGAGAAAAGGGAGGAGGCUGAACAACUGCAAACUUUACUCGAAGCCCUGCAGCAGUAGUUGGAGGAGCUAGAGUUUCAACUGGGAGACCAGGCUCAGCAAAUUCAAGAAGGGAUGCAAUCGUAGCUUGAGCUUCUCACAGGGAAACCACCUGAACACUUGCAUCAGUAUAAGUGGACCGAAGAAAAGAAUGGCCAGACUUCAUGUGCUAAGAUCCACCCCUCCAUGGCCCCUGGGGCUGCCUUUCCUCCCAGUGAUGGCCAGCGGGCUCCAUGCUGCAGUGUGACCCAUUUAGCUGCCUUUCCUCCAUCCACCUUGGGGAGAAACACCAGGAUGUCUCCUCCAGUUUUGGCAGAAUCAGAUCCGGCCUCUCUGUCAAAUUGUCCUGUUGGAGAAAAGGAUACAGAUGUCUUCCUCUAG